AGGCCAAUUGACAUUUUGGCAUAAAUUCGUGUUGGUGUAUCUAGUCUAAUUUGAUCUCAUGUCCGUUGAUAUUAUAUCUAGUCUCUCUCAAUCUAGUAAAGCAUCAACAAUUUAAGAAGUACUAUACCUAAGACCUGUGGUAAUUUCAUUUGGAAAUAUCAUCGUCUACAGCAGUCGGUUCUAUCUCUAGAGUCUGUCUCUCUGUCUCAGUCUUUGUCCACCAACUAAUUGCAUCUACUACUACGUACUUUUUUUUGAUUUUCAUAGAUCAAAAAGAUGUGGAAUAUCAAGAAGGAGAGCAGCACAAGUCCGGAUCCCGCCACAACGGGGAACGGAAAGAAGGAAAGCCAAAUGGUGCACAAAUCGACACAUGAAUUGUACGCUUUUACUUCGAUCUUUUUAGAAGAUCUUUUUGCACAUAGUCGAACGAUCAUGAUGAAAGUGGUCAUGCUUGUCUGAAAAAAUCAUCUGCAGCUAAAAACCUUAUCAAGUUAUCUCACAGGUUAUUCAAGCUGCAAGUUCUCUUCGGCUUCGCAGGCUGCUGCUGGGUAAUGCAGACAGCGGGGGAGGCGUGGGGACUCAUUGCUCCGAUACCGUAGAGGAGUGGUUUUUGACGAGGUGGAGCACCAUUGGAAAAUCAUGUCAAUGUUCGUAAAGACCACAUUCUAAAGACCACCAGAUGUUUGAGAAUUGUCACCCAAAUACUGUCAUGAUGAAAGUAAAACUAAAAUUUCACCACUCCGGCUACCACAGACUUGACUUAUUUCUACACAUGACGAAGAAAAGAUGACGUAAAAACGUAAGUUCUUACUGGCGACCGCUCCAUCUUAGUGUGCAAAUGAAACAUCGAAGCCUACGUGCUGGUGCUGUAUGGUAACUUCGUCCGACGACCUUUCGCGUUGGUGCAAGUACAAAGAAAAG